AUGUCCACAGUUAAUCACCACUGCCUCCUCAAUUUUCCUCAUUUCCCGCCGCCGAUUAACCGGCCAAAACUUCUUCCGCCGUUGUCGAUUUCCUCUAUCCCGCUCUGUGGGAAACCCGAGCGCCUCUUUUCCCUCUCUGCGUCUCUGUCUCUCUCACCAGUAACAAUCCAUGAAUGUUCUUCGUCAUCUUCUUCUUCGUUCCGAAAGCAUGAAGAGGAGGAGAUGGAAUCUGCUGUUGAUGGGUUUUUCUAUCUGCUUCGCCUGUCCGCUCAGUACCACGACGUCGAGGUAACGAAAGCCGUGCACGCUUCGUUUCUAAAGCUCCGAGAAGAAAAAACCAAUCUUGGAAACGCCCUCAUCUCCACAUAUCUUAAACUAGGUCUCCCUCGCGAUGCUUUCCUCGUCUUCGUCUCGCUGUCAUCACCAACGGUAGUGUCUUACACAGCUCUCAUCUCCGGUUUCGCCAGAUUAAACCUCGAAAUCAAGGCCCUUAAGGUUUUCUUCAGAAUGAGAAGCGAAGGUAUUAUCCAGCCCAAUGAGUAUACUUUCGUUGCGAUUUUGACUGCCUGCGUGAGAAUUUGCCGAUUCUCACUCGGAAUUCAGAUUCAUGGUUUGAUAGUGAAAUCAGGGUUUUUGAAUUCUGUUUUCGUUGGUAAUUCGGUGAUGAGUUUGUACGCAAAGCUUCCCAGGUCUUCGAGUGAUGAUGUGCUUCAGUUGUUUGAUGAAAUUCCUCACAGAGAUGUUGCUUCGUGGAACACUGUGAUUUCGAGUUUGGUGAAGGAAGGUCUGUCUGAUAAAGCUUUCGAUUUGUUUUCUGAGAUGAACAGAGUCCAAGGACUUGGGGUUGAUUGCUUUACGCUUUCAACGCUUUUGAGCUCCUGUACUGAUUCCGGUGACGCUAUGAGAGGCAGAGAGAUUCAUGGUCGUGCAAUUAGAAUCGGGCUGAAGCAGGAACUGAGUGUGAAUAAUGCUCUGAUUGGGUUUUAUGCUAAAUUUGGGGAUGUUAAAAAGGUAGAGAAUUUGCACGAGAUGAUGGAUGUGAGAGACGGCUUUACGUUGACGGAGAUGAUCACAGCUUACAUGACAUUCGGAAUGGUGGAUUCUGCUGUUGAGAUGUUUGAGAAGAUACCUGAGAACAACACUAUCACGUAUAACGCUCUUAUGGCUGGGUUCUGUAGAAACGGCCAUGGCUUGAAGGCACUAAAAUUAUUCACUGAGAUGCUGCAGAGAGGUGUUGCUUUGACGGAUUUCAGUUUAACAAGCGCUGUGGACGCUUGUGGCUUGGUUUCAGAGAAGAAAGUAAGCGAACAGAUUCAUGGGUUUUGCUUAAAGUUUGGAUGUGCUUCAAACCCUUGUAUCCAGACUGCAUUGCUUGAUAUGUGCACAAGGUGUGAAAGGAUGGCAGAUGCUGAGGAGAUUUUUGACCAGUGGCCUUCUGACAUGGAUAGCUCCAAGGCAACCACGUCAAUACUCGGUGGCUACGCUCGGAAUGGCUUGCCUGAUAAGGCUCUAUCGCUAUUCCAUCGCACUCUCUGUGAAGAGAAGUUGGUUUUGGAUGAAGUUUCGUUGAGUUUGGUUCUUGCGGUCUUAGGGACAUUGGGGUUUCAGGAAAUGGGUUGUCAGAUGCAUUGCUAUGCUCUUAAAGGUGGAUACUUUUCUGAUGUGGGCUUGGGGAAUUCUUUGAUUGGCAUGUACUCGAAAUGCUGUCACUCAGACGAUGCCGUAAAGGUUUUCAACACUAUGCGAGAACACGAUGUUGUGUCUUGGAACAGCUUGAUUUCUUGUUACAUUCUUCAAAGAAAUGGUGACGAGGCAGUGGCUCUGUGGUCGAUGAUGAAUAAAGAAGGGGUCAAGCCUGAUGCAAUCACCCUCUCUCUUGUUGUUUCCGCGUUUCGGUACACAGAGUCAGAUAGGCUUUGUAGCUGCCGCGAUAUGUUUCUCUCCAUGAAGACUAUCUAUGGCAUUGAACCAACGACUGAACAUUACACUGCAUUCGCCGGCGUUUUGGGUCAUUGGGGUCUUCUUGAAGAAGCAGAAGAGACAGUGAACUCAAUGCCGUUUCAACCUGAGGUCUCUGUUCUGAGAGCACUGCUCGAUAGCUGUAGAGUCCAUUCAAACGCAAGCAUUGCAAAACGCGUUGCAAAGCUUAUACUAUCCACAAAACCCGAAACCCCGCCUGAAUACAUCCUCAAGUCCAACAUCUACUCAGCUUCCGGACUCUGGCAUCGCUCUGAGAUGAUAAGAGAGGAAAUGAGGGAAAGAGGCUACCGGAAACAUCCAUCUAGAAGCUGGAUUAUCCACGAGAGCAAAGUGCAUUCCUUUCACGCGCGUGACACAUCCCACCCGCAAGAGAAAGACAUAUACAGCGGACUGGAGAUACUGAUAAUGGAAUGUAUGAAAGCUGGAUACGAGCCAGACACGGAGUUUGUUCUUCAGGAAGUGGAUGAGUUUAUGAAGAAGACGUUCUUGUUUCACCACAGUGCGAAACUCGCCGUGACUUACGGCAUUCUAAUAAGCAGUAGCCGGGGAAAGCCAGUUCGGGUUAUGAAGAACGUGAUGCUUUGUGGUGACUGUCACAAGUUCUUGAAAUACGUUUCGGUUGUGGUGAAGAGAGAGAUAGUUUUGAGAGACUCUUCAGGGUUUCAUAGGUUUGUUAAUGGAAUAUGUUCUUGUAAAGAUCUAUGGUGA